GAGCUUUCCUGUCACAAGUCUACCUAUAUAACACGACGGCUCGUCAGUCUCCCGACAAAGCAACUUCUCCUUCAGAUUAUACAGAGACUUACUUUCUUCCUCCUAGCAAAAGGCGGGCAGGAGAAGAUACAGAAGAUUCAUUAGACGAGGAGGAGGUUGACAUCAUGGCUGCUAAAGGAGCAGAACACUGGAAGAAAGUGGUCAAGGAGCAGAUACAAAAGUCCCACGUACUAGUCUACAGCAAGACCACUUGUCCUUUCUGCAAACGUGUGAAAAAGCUCUUCGAUGUACAGCAAGUUGCCUCCCAAGUGAUUGAAUUGGAUGAAGUUGAGAAUGGAGACGAGAUUAAGAAAGCUUUGGAAGACAUUUCAAAGCAGAAGACGGUUCCAAACAUCUUCCUCAACGGAGCUCACAUUGGAGGCUGUGACAAUGUACUGGCUACUUUUACUAAAGGACUCCUCUCCGAUAUGCUACUGAUGGGUACCCAGGAGAGAGAUCAGUUUACAAAAGGUCACAGUUAUGAUUACGAUCUUAUCGUGAUUGGAGGAGGUUCUGGAGGACUUGCAUGUGCCAAGGAGGCAGCAAGUUUGGGCGCUCAAGUUUGUUGUCUUGAUUUCGUGAAACCCUCUCCCCUGGGUACCCAAUGGGGCCUUGGGGGAACCUGCGUCAACGUGGGGUGCAUACCAAAGAAGCUAAUGCACCAGGCAGCCCUCCUGGGUGAUUAUAUGAAUGAUGCUCCUUUUUUUGGUUGGAACGUUGAUACUAAAACAGGUGAAAAGUCUGAGGCCCAUGACUGGAAGAAAAUGGUAUCAAACAUUCAAAGUCACAUCAGCUCACUCAACUGGAGCUACAGGACUGAUCUGAGAUCAGCUGGGAUCAAAUAUAUCAACGGAUUAGCUGAGUUCAUUGACCCACAUGCUAUAAAGUACAAAGCAAAGAAUGGGACAGAGUCCAUUAUUAGUGGGGCCAGGAUCGUCGUGGCUGUUGGUGGUAGGCCACGUUACCUUGAUAUCCCAGGUGCAAAGGAGUACGCCAUUACAAGCGAUGAUAUAUUCUCGUUACAAGAGCCACCUGGUAGGACCCUAGUCAUUGGUGCCUCAUACGUGGCACUGGAAUGUGCCGGGUUUCUGUCAAAAAUGGGUUUUAUGACAUUCUGUAUGGUACGGUCUAUUCUAUUGAGGGGUUUUGAUCAGCAAAUGGCUAAUUAUAUCGGAGACAACAUGAUAAAGAAGAGGAUCAAUUUCCUUCAUUCUUGCGUCCCUACUAAAAUCCGGUUAGUGAAAGAUUCUCCAAGAGAGUAUGCAGUGGAAUACAGCAAUACUGCUUCCAAGAAGACUGGAGAAAUAACAGUCAACACGGUAUUAAUAGCAACUGGGAGAGAACCUGAUACUAAACUACUGGGACUAGAUAAAGCUGGAGUGGAAAUGACAAAGAGUGGUCAUAUACCCACUGUCUAUGAACAGACGAACGUGCCUCAUAUUUAUGCAAUUGGAGAUGUACAAAAGGGGAAAAUGGAGCUGACUCCUCUUGCCAUACAGGCCGGCAAACUCUUAUCAAGGAGGCUAUUUGGAGGGUCAAAAGAUUACUGUAAUUAUCUUGAUGUGCCCACGACUGUGUUCACUCCAAUGGAGUAUGGGACUAUUGGGCUUUCUGAGGAAGAUGCUGAAGAAAUAUUUGGAAAAGAGAGAAUUGAAGUGUAUCAUACGAGUUUCAAGCCGCUAGAGUACACAGUACCUCAGAGACAAGACGAUGAUGGAUACAUGAAACUUGUUGUUGACAAGGAGAACGGGGAGAGAGUCCUUGGGCUACAUGUUGCAAGCCCCAAUGCAGGUGAGAUUACCCAAGGAUAUGCUGUAGCUAUGAGACUUGGAGCUAAGAAGAAGGACUUUGACAGCACCAUAGGGAUACACCCCACCUGCUCCGAGACCUUCACCACUCUACGGGUAACCAAGAGCUCUGGUGAAGACUCUUCCGCUGGAAACUGCUGAGGUUAAGCACCCUCUGACCGUCAACACAAUGAGGUACUCUUCGCUUCAUUGUGAUUGGUCAGUGGGUGCUUCCUUCAUUGGUAUAAUGACUUUACAGUACCGUCUGGUUGCGUGGGCGGUCUCAUGUGACUGUCACAUGAUGGGGUUUCCCUUACUCACUGUUUGUGACGGGGAGCUCUUGAUUUUCUGCAACCUGGUACUACUUGCAUGCAUAAUAAGUCGUCAGUAACUCAAUAGCAAUAAAA